CAAGACAUACCAAACCUGGACUUUCCGCAUACAUUCAAUGAAAAUGAAAGCGAGAAUCAGACGUUAGCAUUGGCCUACACUUUGGGCGAUACAAUUAAGGGUUAUUUAGGGGCUGAACAACAAAAAGACAACGCAAAUGGUUUAACAGUCGUCGCCCAGUUCUACCAAGACUGUAUAGAUGCGUUUAAACCCAUUGUACCAUGGUUAUUUGGCGAAUUGGACAAACUUAAUAAUCCUAUAGUAGAACAUGCCGUGAAUACAGUUGUGAUUGGUCAGUUUUAUGAUUUUGCCAUUUUGUCUGAGCGUUUGUCUGAACUGCGGGCCGUUAAGCCCCUGUCGGUCACCGGCAAUGAGUACAACCUUAUCAACCGUUUAAAGGCAUUAGAGAGUCGAGUGUUGGCCGCCGUUGGGUCCGCACAGUCCAGAAAUGCGCGACAAUUGCAAACUUUUCCACUUUUAAAAGCUUAUUACGAUAAGAUCAAUGCCUUUUUAAGCGCUGAAUUCCCCAAAUUGAAUAAAGCAAUCGGUAACUUACCCUCAGCUGCACUCAGACAGCAAACCAUUCAACAACUGAUCAUCGAUCUGACACACUUGACCCAAAUACCAUAUGUGCUUUAAUUAUUAUUAAUAUUAAUAUAUCAAAUAAACGAU